AUGGAUCAGACAGCAAACAGUGCAGAAUCCACAGAAACACCUAAUCAACACACCAACCUUACAACACAAACACCUAAUCAACACAUCAACCCUACCACCCAACUUUCAUUUAAUGACUCACUCAUAUCACUAUUUGGACAGCAUGCAUCCACACUGGCCAAAACCACCUCUCACAGCAUAGAACACAUGGCCAUUAACUCAUGUCACAUAUCAUUCCUGAAAGCCUGCCGUGAUCACUCACUCAUCCCUAAGGGACUCAGACUCACCAACCCACUAUCCACCAAACGCUCAACUGAAGUCCUCACUCACGCAUCUAACCUCCUCAUCACUGAAAGACUCAACCACUAUCGCCUCAAAUAUGCACAACACAAACGCACUUAUGAGCACAACCUCAGACACAUAGAAUCACUCAUAACCCCUCAAUAUUUUCAGAAACUAGGACACCUCAACACCAAAAAAUCCUCAUACACCCACAGAAAACAACUCCUUACUCACCAAAAGAAGUUCGCGGUACUACUCUCAGAAUACGACACCCCGUUCCUCUCACCCUACGACACUCUUAAAACGCUCGACAUACCCUCUCCCACAUUUCAUGGUCCCCUCCUCAAGACCUCACCUACCCCCAAGAAAGACACCACAGCCAAAACAGUGAUCAACCUCUCUGGACAGACCCUCUCCACAGCUGAAACUGACGUCCUCUCCCUUGGACUGAAGUUCGUCCCGACACCCACCUCAGAUCCUACCCCCGACCUGGCUCCCCUCAUACAGAAUAUCACUAAACAACUAGGAGAAGGCAUGGAAGCCUCAGCCACAUAUCAGGUCACCUCUGUAUUAUCUAAAUUUGACAAUAAACGUGACAUGACCACCGACAAUUUGACUCCACAACAACGUACCGCUCUUAAAUCUUUAAAAUCUAAGAAAUCUGAAUUGAAAUUUCUUCCUGCUGAUAAGGGCAACGCCACUGUUGUACUGACUCACGAUCAAUACAUAACCAAAGUUACCGACCACUUAUCCUCAGGUAGUUACACCCUCUUAACGAAAGACCCCACUCAAUCCGUUACCACUAAACUACAGAAAGUCCUCAAGAAACUACACACCGACAAGAAGAUCACGACCGACCUAUACCACAAGAUGCGCAACCUACAUCCUAGAUGGCCUCAACUUUACGGACAACCUAAGAUACACAAACCCGGCGCACCUAUCCGUCCCGUAGUCAGCUUCUACAACACCCCCCUCCAAGCCCUCCACAAAGUCCUCGCAUCUUUCCUCAAACCCCUAGCCCAGAACCCCUUACGCCUCAAAGACUCUUCCGACUUCAAACAUCGCUUCGACUCCUCUCUCAAUCCCUCCUUCCACUACCACGCCUCCUUAGACGUCCAAUCCUUGUACACCUCCUGUGACAUGCGCCUAGCCCUCAAAACUGUCAUCUCCUCCUUUGAACAGAACCCCUCUCGUCUUCCCUCCAAUGUCACCACCACCACCAUAGGCUCCCUUAUCAACUUUUGCCUUGACAACUCAUACCUUGAAUUCAACGGCUCCUUCUACUCCCAAGACGAAGGUGGUACAAUGGGAUCCCCCCUCAUUGUUGAACUAGCUGAAAUCCGUCUUGCUGAAAUCGAGACCUUAGCUUUAUCCUCAUGUCCUGACCCUCCGAACACUUACUCCCAUUUCGUUGACGACGGCCUUGGAUCUUUCAGGGACAGAAACCACGCAGAAUCCUUCCUUACAUUCCUUAACUCCCUUACUGAAGACCUCAACUUUACCCAAGAACAUCCCUCUACAGACGGAACUAUACCCUUCCUUGACGUUCUCAUCCACCCUGACAAAUCCACAUCAGUCUACAGAAAACCCACCCACACCAACCUCUACACCAAGUACUCCUCCUGCACCACCAACUCAUCUAAGAACGCAGUCAUCCGAUCACUGACCAGAAGAGCCCACAACAUCUGCUCACCCCAACACCUUGACGACGAACUCCAGACAGUACGACACGUUUGCCUCCAGAACGUUUCUCUUCCUUUCCAUCCCUCCCUAUCCAAACCCAUCUCCAAGAUACUCGGACAACACGACAUCAAAGUCACCCACUCCUCUGCUACCUCCCUCCGCAACCUCCUCACCAAAACGAAGACCACACCCCCUACUCACCUCACUCCCAACACCAUCUACGAAAUUUCCUGCUCACAGUGCCCCUCCAAAUACGCCGGACAGACCUGA